GAAAAAGCAGCGGUCAGAAAGAAUGAAUAGGGAGGAGGAGGAGUUUAUGUGUCAUCGUUCAAGCUUCCUCCUUCCACCAUCGGAGAAGGAUAAGGAUUCUGUAACCGCUCUUGUUAUUCUGAAUCAAAAACUUCCGAGAUUCGCUCCUCUGCUUUGGGACCACGCACAGGUUCGAGUCUGCGCCGAUGGAGGUGCUAACCGUCUCUAUGAUGAAAUGCCUCUUCUGCUUUCUCCUCAAUCUCAAUCUCAAUCUCAUCCUCAUCCUCAUCCUCAACUCAGGUACAAGCCUGAUGCAAUCAACGGUGACAUGGAUUCAAUUCGGACAGAAGUACUUGACUUCUAUACAAAGCUGGGAACUAAGAUAAUCGAUGAAUCUCAUGAUCAGGAUACCACAGAUUUACACAAAUGUAUAACAUACAUACGUAACCUCACACCAGAUAUUGAUAAACCAAAACUAUGCAUUCUUGUUGCUGGAGCACUUGGCGGGAGAUUUGACCAUGAAAUUGGAAAUAUCAACGUUCUGUGCCGUUUCCCUGACACUCGAAUUAUCCUUCUGUCUGAUGAUUGCCUCAUUCACCUUCUUCCAAGGAACCACUGUCAUAAGAUCUUUGUUCAAUCUUCUGUUGAGGGUCCGCAUUGUGGACUUAUUCCCAUUGGGAUGCCAUCUGGAAGUUCUACAACCACCGGACUCCAGUGGGACCUUAAUCACACGGAGAUGAGAUUUGGUGGUUUAGUAAGCACAUCAAAUAUUGUAAAAGGAGAUAUAGUAACAGUACAGUCCGAUUCAGAUCUUCUUUGGACUAUUUCUAUCAAGAAGCCCUAGUUUUUUAGAAGUUACCUAUUGUACUAAUUUUCAUAUCUGUGAUACAUAGACUGGGGUGACAUUCCAUUUUAACGCCAUUGCACUGCGUAACAGAGGGAAGGCAAUUAGGCCUUCUUGAUUUUUGUGAGGCAUCUC